ACAAAACUACAAUGACAAUGACUGCUCUGACCUUCCUGCCUUCAAACUCCCGCUAUUCUGUUUUUCGUCUGUUACUUUUGACUUCUCUUCAUUUUAGACUUGCACCGGACGGUUGAUCCGUUCUACGACUACGCCUGACCUGCCUCGUGUUUUAGGUCCAUCAAUUCAAGCCCCUUCCAAGUGAAGUAGGCCUGAAGUUUUCAUUUUCCAAAUCGAAUAAGAACGGACUAUCGCGUGCUUUCCUGCCUUGAUAAGUAAUUUUUCUUCCCCGUUCACGCAUUGGAUCGUGGCCCGGUGCUUCGAUCAUUCGUGAACUCUUUUAUUCGCAGACAACGUCAAGUUCGCUAGAGCUCCACACCCCCAUCUAAUUACCGUCCUCACGACUUGCCAUGUACACUUUCUUUCCGCUCCUUGCACUAGCACUCGCCCCCGCGUCCCUGGUCGAAGGGAAGGCAUCAUUCCUAUCCCAUGCGCACAAGGUCGCCGUCAAGCAUAGCGGUGGCCUCGCGCGCGACCUCCGCGUGGCGUUCGGUGGCGUCUUGGUGACACAGCCUACCACAUCGAAUCAGAAUGUCUACUGCGUUAGCUCAGAUGGCGUAGGCGUCAGCGUGCCUUCCUCUGGAAAUUCCACUUCAUCUACUUCAACCGCGAAAGGAAACGCGACUGCAACGGGAACGGGAACGGGAACGGCUGCGCCGUCAAGCACAAGCGUUGCAUCGUCACCUUGGAAAGUCGUACAGAACUACAGCGGGCAAACGUUUUUUAAUGGCUGGAGCUUUUUUACCACGGCGGACCCGACAAACGGGAAUGUCCAGUACGUGGAUCAAGGCACAGCUCAGAGCGCAGGCCUUAUCGAGAUAAACUCGAAUGGGAACGCUGUAAUGCGCGUUGAAACAACGCCACAAGUACAGACCAAUCGGCAGAGCGUGCGGAUCACCACUGAAGCCACUUUCGAUGGUGGCUUGGUUGUAAUGGAUGCAGUGCAUAUGCCUACUGGAUGUGGAACAUGGCCUGCCUUUUGGACAAAUGGCCCUAAUUGGCCAGCGGGAGGCGAGAUUGAUAUCGUGGAGGGCGUGAACAACUACACGAAUAAUCAGGCGACGAUUCACACUAACCCAGGAUGCACAUUACCCUCCACCAGCAGCACCCAGCUAAACAUGUCUGGCACAUUGGUUGCAUCCACCGAUUGCUCAGCAUCUCAGACUGGUAACCAGGGGUGCGGAAUUCGUUCUACCCUGAGCAAUUCGUUUGGGUCUGGGUUCAAUGGAAUUGGUGGCGGUGUCUAUGCUAUGCUCUGGGAUAUCACCGGCAUCAAAGUAUACUUCUUCCCUCGUGGAUCGAUACCAGCAGAUAUCACUGCAGGAGCACCUCAGCCUCAGAAUUGGCCGGCUCCUAUGGCCGACUGGCCCUCAACGGAUUGCAAUCCAUACCAGUUCUUCAAUACCCAUUCCGCUAUUUUCGAUACCACGCUUUGCGGUGACUGGGCCGGCGGCGUAUGGAGCGGCACAGGUGUGCCUGGCCAAAGUGUGAGCUGCGCACAAGAGACUGGUUUCUCGACGUGCUCGGCUUUCGUCCAGGCUAGUGGUGCCUCGUUCAGCGAAGCUUACUGGGAAGUAUCCAGCGUUCAUAUCUACCAAGACUCGUCAUGAAAUAUUCACGAAACUGGAGGAAACACAUUUGGAUCUAUCGAUGUAUUUACUAGGGGUAUUUUGCUGUAUUGUAGCUCCACGUAUGAUGCGAUAUACACGGUCGCACACGCUAGCCAUAGUUCAUGUUAUUUAU